AUGGCUGUUGCAGUCAAUGCAACCGCCGAUAAAGCGCAAUGCUACUUCCCAGAUUCAGCAAACCUAGUUCCUGGAACAACUGGUUACUUUGUCAUGUACUUUGGCUGGACGAUCUGUAUUAUUCUGGCCAUACUCAGUACGAUUUUUACAACCAAAUUGGUGUACAAGCAUUUCCAGCAUUAUAAUGCACCUGAAGUUCAACGCCAUAUCGUUCGAAUUCUGAUGAUGGUACCGAUCUACUCAAUCGUAAGCACAUUCCAGUUUCGAUGGUUUAAUCUCGCUACGGUGUAUGAAUUGGCUUCGAGUAUCUAUGAGGCGUUUGUAGUCUGGAGUUUCUUCUCAUUAAUGCUUAUAUACGUUGGAGACGAUGCAAAAGAACAACACGAAGCUUUAUCCAAGAUGCCAGAUCAUGCGUGUAUGAUUCCCCUAAACUGGAUUUGGAGGAAAAAGUUCAGCCCGAGAGGACGAACAUUCUUCAUUGUGUCGAGACUGGGAGUGUUGCAAUAUGUUGUUGUCAAGCCCUUGACGAACAUACUUGGCAUUGUGCUGGAAUAUUAUGAUUUGUUGUGUCCUCAGUCAUUUGCUAUAUACCAUGGUGAAUUCUGGGUUUCGGGAUUGGCAAUGAUUUCAGUUUCAAUCGCUAUGUAUAUCCUUCUCACAUUCUACUUUGUGGUUCAUGAGGAAAUCCAAAAACACAAUCCAUUGCAAAAGCUCUUGGCAGUCAAGUUUGUUGUCUUCCUGAGCUUUUGGCAAAACAUCAUAUUGGGAUUCCUGGCCGGCUCUAAUUUAUUACCGUCCUUCCCACCAUGGACACCUGGUGGACUUGCUGCUAGUCUUCAGUCGCUACUGUUGUGUAUUGAGAUGUUUAUUGCUGCUGUAUGGCAUCAAUGGGCAUUCGCAUGGCAAGAAUUCCUCACAAACCAACACCCGUUGCCUACACCUGUAUGGAAGGGAUUCUACGACUCUUUGCUCUUCCGAGAUGUAGUAUUUGAUGUCGCUCGAAUGCCUAAAGAAGUCAAGGAACAUCGACAAUACAAGGUGCAAAAAGUAGCUGGAAAGGCAGUGAAUGAGUUGUAUGAUAAUUACAUGUCUACGAGUGACGGUGUUGGUACUAGUAGUGGGAACGAUGACGAGAUCACAAUUGUAGCAGCACCUUUGCCAACUGCUCAACCUGAUGUGAAGGGUAAAGGACCAUUGGUUGCGACGAUUAUGAAGACACGUCAGGAGAGCGGAGGCUGGUUGGGAUCAGGCUGGUAUCCUCCAACAGCUGCCGAUAAAGAGAUUUCGUUGGAAGAAGUAGAGAUUGAAGACUCGAAAAUGCACUUCGAACGAGGACACGAAGGGCUAGAUGUUGACCAAUGGAGUGAAUCAGAAGUUGAUGUGCGGCAUCACGUCUUUAUUGAAGAUUCAUUUAAACGUCGCAAGAGUCUCCCAAUACCUCCAGUCGCUGCUGGUACAGCCCAACCACUAAAUAGUAGUACCAAUCUGACUACCAGUGGUGUUGAUCAACCCCCUCGCCUUCCCACCAAAGUAUAUGAUACGCCACCAUCGGCACCCACUAGUAGUAAUAAGCCACCAUUGAAAGGUAUCCUCGUGUCAGCUCCAACUAAACGACCAUCACUAUCAGAAACCCAACCUGAAAUGCGGCAGUCGACUGCUACCGAUAUUUAUAUGCUGAUGGGACCGAUGACGUCUGAGCCAAAGGCCGAAGUAGAAGAAGAAGUAAAUGUAGAAGAAAAGCCAGCUGAACCGGUUGAGAAUGUGCCGAAUAAUGUUGGAUGGGUAGAUGGUGAUGCAGCAGUACCAGCACCUGUUGUGUCAACAAUUAGAAGAGGAUCGGCUCCAAAGAAGUUGCCAGAUAUCCCUGUUACUGUAGCUCAUCAAUUCCCAGCUAGAUCUGAAUCUCUGAAUGUAAAUAAUCAAGAUUAUUGA